GAUACAUUGAGAUUGGAGUGCUGGGGCUCAUUGGUCUUGUGUUUCUGACUUUGCCCUGAGGACGCUUGCAUCGAAGUGUCAGAUUCGCAGAUUGCUUGUUGUCAUCUGCCUAUCUUUUUAUCUCCACUUUUCUUUACUAUCCUAAACCUAUAACAUAUUUAUGAUCAUUCACACAAUGAGCCAAUUUCAACUCUUUCCUUCGCCUUCUAAAGUCAAGGCAUCCAAGAACCCUUUCCGUCCAGAAUAUAAAAGAGCUGUGGGAACACAGCCUGCGGGUUCAGUCCCUCUGGAAGAUCUCAACGGCAAAGACACCAAAACGGAAGCACUGCUUUUGCAUAUUAUCAAUGACACAACGAGCAUUAAACCGCCUAAGAAGACUAAAACCCCCAGACCAACACCCGUGCCCAUUCCAGAGACUAUACGGGAACUGAGAUCAUCAGAGCCGUUUUCUAAGGGGAGCCUAAAGGAUGACAAGGAAGAGCCAUGGAGUUUACCGGUCCGUAAAGUCGGCCAGACACAUCUACCUGAGAGCAGUAGCAUCCAUACAGCUGUUCGCGCGGUUCAGAAAACCCCCGACAAGUCUAUCCCACCUGUGGUUCCUAUGAGAUCGAUAUUCCCUCCGUAUAAUGCAAACGCGCCGCUCAGUGAGCAACAGUACUACUCCCAACUUUCGGCUAAUACCCGAACACAUAGGCCUAGAGAACUUUCCUUCACACCACCACCUGAAAUUGACCAAGUUCUUGGGCCCAAGACCGUCCCAGCCAGUGUGAUGAACUUUCCAUCAGGUGUCCUCGACCCAGUUGAGAUGCAGUAUUCGUCCAUCACAGAGCUCAAGGGCCUAUGGGAGGCAGCUAAUGGCCAGCGCCCACAAGAUCUAUCGGGAAACUUUAACUUGCGUGUGGCACGGACAGAUGCUGAAACAUACACGUUUGGCGACCCCCAGGCGCCAUUCUAUAGAAUGCAAACAUAUUUGACCAACGAAUUGUCCGUUACUCGAAUCAACCCAACGAAGGUAAACAGUAGUAUCCCUAUUAUGAUGGUGAAGCUUGAAGAUCGGCGCCGUCGUGAGCCCCAGAAUGACGGACUCGUCUCCAUCCUCUUCUCCCGACUAGCUGCAAUGCUGGCUAUCGAUGAAGCGGAAGGACUGGCUCGAAAGCACCGCAUGGAUCCCUCAGAAGCUGCAGAAGUGGAAGGCAAAGCCCUAAAGCGAGCCGCAGCCCAAGAAUCCUGCAGGCUUUCGUGGAACAGCACCAAGCAGCUGUAUGAGCUACAUCAUCCAUCCCUUUCCAAGCUUCCUCCUCCAGCCCUUGUUGGUGCGAUGGGAAUCCCACUGUCUCCAGUAAGAUCGAAAUAUUCCGGCCUUCUGCACGUCUCUGUCUCGACGCCCUCAAAGGGGUCAAAUUCAAACCGACCUCCGACUAUAUUUAUAACAACUCCUGUAUCGGCUAAUGCCGUUGAAAGCGCCAACAUGGUAGCCACGCCUCGAACGUCCACUCUUCCUUUGACUGACUGUGAUGAGCCUUUAGCAUCUUUGGAUUUGGGUACACUGACUCUCUCCAUCUCGGCGGCGGCUAUCAUUGCCACAGUUCCUUCGUUAUAUGCAAUUGACUCCCUUGUCACUGCGAUGCUAGCUGUUGCAGUCUCGGACGAAUCCACCAAGACCACCUUAGCGGAAAUGGAGCUCUACGAUCCAUACAAGGAAGCGUUGUCCAGCCAGCUAUCUACCGGCGCCAACGUCCGAGCUGACACGGUGGCUGGCCUUGCCUCGCGUGAAGACGCCCAGGAAGGUACUACACUUAUAUCGAAGAUCAGGCUCGCAAAAUCCCACUCCGAAACCGACUCUACUCAGAGACGAUGGUUCCACUUCUGGUGCCGGCAGAAGUCAGCGAAGCCCAAAAACAAGAAGAUCGUCAUCGAAGAGUUCGACCUAGAAAGGUAUGGGCGGUACGGAUAUGGUUCCUCGCGGGAAGGACAGAAGCUCCCGAGCGUUACGCGGGGAUGCUUACGAAUCCUCUUCUGGGGGUUGGAUAUGUUUGUGCGCGUGCUUUCCAUGAUGGUAAAGAUAAUCGCUUGGUUGCUGGUCAGCGUCACUCGAUGUGCCACUAGUCCGAAAGCUUAAUGUCACGGCCCUGACUGAAAGCCCUGGUGGCAUUUAGAUGGGAUGGGUAAUGAGAAUAUGUUUAUGAUUGAUUGGCUUUUUUGCUAUGUUUGUUGACACUAUUAUACUUCUUGUGUAAUUCUUUGCAGCAUAUCUUUACCGGUUAGAAUGGAUCAAGAUACCUCCCAACCAUUCGGAAAAGGGUACCAGAAUUUGGAAACAAG